AUGGAAGUUCAGACUCCAGAUCACGGAGCUUCUGUCCAGGCCAGCAUCACAGCUCAGACAGGAGGAACCGCCUGUGCUCCUGUGAUCAAUGGAAACACUGUUCAAGGAUCACUGACGAUUAUAAACAACAUAUAUGGAGAAGACAUCACUAUGUGUAAACAAGCACACAAAUCUGAACUGGAGAAGACAUUUAGAAGUAUAAAUGAAGGGGUGUCACAAGAUGGAAACUCUACACUUCUGAAUAAGAUUUACACAGAGCUCUACAUCACAGAAGGUGGGAGUGGAGAGGUCAAUAACGAACAUGAGGUGAAGCAGACAGAAACAUUCAGCAGGCGACCAAAACAAGAGACACCAAUCGAAUGCAAUGACAUCUUCAAACCCAUACCUGGAAAAGACAAACCCAUCAGAACUGUGCUGACAAGAGGAAUCGCUGGAAUUGGUAAAACAGUCUCUGUGCAGAAAUUCAUUCUGGACUGGGUUGAAGGAAAAGCAAAUCAGGAUGUUACCUUCAUAUUUCCACUUCCUUUUAGAGAGUUGAAUUUGAUAAAGGACAAAAAUCUCAGUCUGAUGGAUCUUCUUCACCUCUUUUUUCCACCAAUGAAACAAUUUCGAUUAAAAGACUUAAUAGACUGUGCUGACUACACAGUCGUGUUCAUCUUAGAUGGUCUGGAUGAGUGUCGACUUUCUCUGGAUUUCAAGAAAAACAACAUUUUAUCUGAUGUAACAGAAUCAGUCUCAGUAGAUGUGCUGCUGACAAACCUCAUAAAGGGAAAGCUGCUGAGUUCUUCUCUUCUCUGGAUAACAACUCGACCAGCAGCAGUCAAUCAGAUCCUUCUUCAGUAUAUUAACCAGGUAACCGAAAUAAGAGGAUUCAGUGACCCUCAGAAAGAGGAAUACUUCAGGAAAAGGAUCAGUGAUCAGAGCCUUGCUGAAAAAAUCAUUACACACAUAAAGUCAUCAAGAAGCCUCUAUAUCAUGUGCCACUUACCAGUCUUCUGCUGGAUUUCAGCCACUGUGCUCAAGGAGAUGUUGAGUGAAGCAGAGAGUGAAAAGAUCCCAAAGACUCUGACUCAAAUGUUCACAUACUUCCUGAACUUCCAGAUCAAACAGAGCAGCCAGAAAUACAAAGUAAAAUGUGACAUUGAUCCUCAUCAGACAAGAAAGAUGAUUUUAGCAUUGGGAAAACUGGCUUUCCAACAACUGGAAAAUGGCAACCUGAUCUUUUACGAGGAAGACCUGAGAGAGUGUGGCAUUGAUCUCAUAGAAGUGUCAGUGUACUCAGGAGUCUGUACUCAGAUCUUCAGAGAAGAGUCUGCACUGCACCUGGGGAAGGUUUUCAGCUUUAUUCAUCUGAGUGUUCAAGAAUUUCUUUCUGCUUUAUAUGCAUUUUUUACCUUUAUAUUUGACAGCAAAAAUCCUGGAAUGUCUGACUUUCUCAAGUGUGCAGUGGACAAGGCUUUAAAGAGUGAGAGUGGACAUCUGGACCUUUUCCUCCGCUUCCUUCUUGGCCUCUCACUGGAGUCCAAUCAGACUCUCAUACGAAGGCUACUUCCACAAACAAGAAAGAGCUCAAACAGAAAAGAGCAAAUAGUCAGGUAUAUCAAAAAGAAGCUCAUGGAGAAUCCCUCUGUAGACAAAUCCAUCAACCUGUUCCAUUGUCUGAAUGAACUGAAUGAUCAUUCUCUAGUGCAGGAAGUACAAAUGUACCUGAACACAAGAAGUGACAGACGUCUAAGCGGAGCUAAGCUCUCUCCUGCUCAGUGGUCAGCUCUAGUGUUCAUUUUACUGAACUCAGAAGAGGAGUUGGAUGAAUUUGACCUGAGAAAAUAUGACCCAUCAGAGGAAUGUCUUCUGAGACUGCUGCCAGUGGUCAAAGCAUCCAGAAAAGCAGUGCUGUGUGAUUGUAAUCUCACAGAGAAAAGCUGUGAAGAUCUGGCCUCAGCUCUCAGUUCAAACUUCUCAAGUCUGAGAGAACUAGACCUGAGUAAAAAUAAACUGCUGGAUUCAGGAGCACAGGAGCUCUCCGCAGGACUGAAGAGUCCAAACUGUAAACUGGAGAAACUUAAGCUGACUGACUGCAGUAUUACACAUGAAGGCUGUGCUGGUCUAGUUAAAGCUCUGAAAUCAAACCCCUCACACCUGAGAGCGCUGAACCUAAACUGGAAUAAAGCUAGAGAUUCAGGAGCAAAGGAGCUAUCUGAUCUACUGAAGGAUCCACACUGUAAACUUGAGAAACUACAGUUGUCUGACUGCAGUAUUACAACUGAAGGCUGUGCUGAUCUGGUUAAAGCUCUGAAGUCAAACCCCUCACACCUGAAAGAGCUGAAUCUGAACUACAAUAAACCAGGAGAUUCAGGAGCAAAGGAGCUAUCUGAUCUACUGAAGGAUCCAUAUUGUAAACUCGAGAAACUACAGCUGUCUAGCUGCAGUAUUACAGAUGAAGGCUGUGCUGAUCUGGUCAAAGCUCUGAUGUCAAACCCCUCACACCUGAGAGAGCUGAAUCUGAAUGACAAUAAUCCAGGAGAUUCAGGAGUGAAGGAGCUCUCUGAUCUACUGAAGGAUCCACACUGUAAACUGGAGAAACUACAACUGUCUCACUGCAGUAUUACAGAUGAAGGCUGUGCUGAACUGGGUAAAGCUCUGAAGUUAAACCCAUCACACCUGAGAGAGCUGAACCUGAAAAACAAUAAACCAGGAGACUCAGGAGUGAAGGAGCUCUCUGAUCUACUGAAGGAUCCACACUGUAAACUUGAGAAACUACAGUUGUCUGACUGCAGUAUUAAACAGAAAUGCUGUGCUGAUCUGGUUAAAGCUCUGAAAUCAAACCCCUCACACCUGAGAGAGCUGAACCUGAACUGGAAUAAACUAGAAAAUUCAGGAGUGAAGGAGCUCUCUGAUCUACUGAAGGAUUCACAAUGUAAACUGGAGACACUAGAGCUAGAAUGGUGCAGUAUUACAGAGGAUGGCUGUGCUGAUCUGGUUAAAGCUCUGAAAUCAAACCCCUCAUCACAGCUGAAACAGCUGAAUCUGAGCUACAAUAAUCCAGGAGAGUCAGGAGUGAAGGAGGUCUCUGAUCUACUGAAGGAUCCACACUGUAAACUGGAGACACUACAACUGUCUGGCUGCAGUAUUACAGAGAAAAGCUGGGCUGCUCUGUUUAAAGCUCUGAAAUCAACCCGCUCAUCUUGCCUGAGAGAGCUGAAUCUGAACUACAAUAAUCCAGGAGAGUCUGGAGUGAAGGAGCUCUCUGAUCUACUGAAGGAUCCACACUGUAAACAGGAGAAAAUACAGCUGUCUGGCUGCAGUAUUACAGGUAAAGGCUGUGCUGCUCUGGUUAAAGCUUUGAAAUCAAAUCCCUCAUCACAGCUGAAACAGCUGAAUCUGAACCGGAAUAAACUAGGGGAUUCAGGAGUGAAGGAGCUCUCUGAUCUACUGAAGGACCCACACUGUAAACUGGAGAAACUACAGCUGUAUGACUGCCGUGUUACUGAUGAUGGCUGUGCUGCUCUAGUUAAAGCUCUGAAAUCAAACCCCUUACACCUGAAAGAGCUGGAUCUGAGAAACAACACAUUAGGAGAUUCAGGAGUGAAGGAGCUCUCUGAUCUACUGAAGAAUCCACACUGUAAACUGGAGAAACUAGUGCUGUCUGGCUGCAGUAUUACAGGUAAAGGCUGUGCUGCUCUGGUUAAAGCUUUGAAAUCAAAUCCCUCAUCACAGCUGAAACAGCUGAAUCUGAACCGGAAUAAACUAGGGGAUUCAGGAGUGAAGGAGCUCUCUGAUCUA